GGAUGUCUAUCUAUUGCUUAAAUUAAGAUAAUAUGUGAGUUAAUUAUGCAGGAUUUUUCAACUAUUGAUCCGGAAGUGUCGAUCCGGAAAUACAAAUCGCUGCGCCACCUAUCAUGUUGCCAAGUGAUCGCUUCAAAAUGGCGAAUUGAGAUUUUCAGAAAAUGAUGAAAAUGAUUUUUAACAUCUCAUUUUCCACCUCAAACAGUUAGUGAAACUGUUUAAAAGGUCCAUCAAUAUGGACUGGCUACAAGAUAACAACAUUGAUGAAACCUGUUGCCAAGCGCUAUGUCAGCAUCCCUCAUGCUGGGAGUCAAAUCUACGACAGCUGAAAGGUUUUCCCCGAAAGUUGAAGAAAAUACCACAGCCCAAGAUUCUUGAUGAUGCCCUGCCAAAACAGUCAGUGUGUAACUUGCUUGAUGAUUAUGGGCCUAGUGAAAAUGAUCGCUACCCUUCACUAUGGGAAGGAGAUGGACUGGAACACAAAAGAGCUCAAUCCCUACCAGGUUUACACUCUUCUGCAGUAGACAGCUUUAGGAACAUUGUCAAGUGUCCCAAUGCCACUCCAGUAACUGCCACUCCUGUCCAGAGUCACUCACGCAUGUUGCAGUUGGUCGCUCCUCUCAUACCCCCCAGAAUAAACAAAGUAGAGGUGCAAGAACUAUUUGACGUGUCUGACUUGCAGCAAGAUUGGAAUGAGACAUUUGUAGGCAAACAGUAUUACGUCUGGGUCCCUAAAGCUACAGAUAAAUCAACCACACCCAGGCAACCAGAGGCAACACAGAGUGUGUCCAUACAACAGCUCAGUGGUGGCCCUAAGAAGCUAAACAUGAAGGACACUACAGAUCAAAUGAUACCAAAGUCUAUCAGGAAGGCGAAACCAACAAAGCAGCGUGAGAGGACCAGCAAGUCACCAACUGGGGGCCAACCGUACAAGCUGGACAACAUAAGGAAAAAGAAGGGCAAGAAGAGGGACUCAAACAUGGAGGAGUUUAUUGACCUGCUGAAGUUGCCAAGAGAAGUCCUUAUAAGGAUCUUAGAUGAGGCAGAAAAAGGAGAACUAAUGAACCGUGAUAAAAUUCGUGAAAUCUUGGAAUACUAUGUUAGCAUGUUACCAGAUCGUGAAAAAACCACAAUGUCUCUGACUCAAAGUGAGGUCUUACAUCAACAUAAGGUGGAACUUGUUAAAGGGACACAGCCUGGAGUUAGGAACCUCCGACAGCCAGAGAAGUUUCAAUCUCAGCAGUUAUAUUUACUCGAUACUGACAAGAAUAAUGAUUUAACCCCAAGAGACAAUGAGACUCAUAGUUAUGAGGGUCUGAAUGUAGCAGAUUUAUCUGACUUAGAUUCAUAUAAAGGAUCACAUCUAUCUGGAAAAGAUGAAGAUUCAGUAGCAGACAAGGAAUCUCCAAGGUUUACCAACAAGAAACCACUACCAUCAAUUUCUGGUGGUAAGGCAGGCAGUCAAAGUGCAGGUACCAAAGCCAAAAUCCCCUCAAUUUCAAUAGGACUUCCUGAGUUGGCACCAGGUGUGAAAGCAACCAAACCAUUCACAUAUAAACGUCACCAGAAACAGCCAGAUGUCAAUUUUUCAUUUAGUCGAGUUCCUACACCUCCGACAACCAUUGAUCGCGCCCCCACUCCGAAGAGUGAAUCAUCGGAACAUGGUUCAACAAUACACGUCACUGUUCCGAGCAUCGCAUCAGAGAAAGAAGACCCUGGGGCCUCAAAGAAAAAAGAAGUAGUUCCAGUUAGAACACAUAGAAUGAGAGGUUUACCUGCAUAUUCCUUCAGUUCAAGAGAUCGUAGAGACUCGGCAGGUUUACACGCGGUUUCCCCUGCUUUCUCAACUAAUGUUCCGCACACCCCUGUUGCAACUCCCAACACCCGCCAGUCCAAGACCAACAGUGUAGGGCUAGGCCCUGGGUAUAUAGCACCAGAAAAUACUGGCUUUAGUCUACCAUCUUCUCCUGUGAAGUCACUCAAGGAGGGCAUUGUGUCUCCAAUAAACUUUGGUCUUAAGGUACCAUCCAACACACCUAUCCAUCCUCCUGGGAGCCCUUUGUCACCUGAACAUACAGGUAUCCUGGAUACAAUUGUGGAGUCAUCCAAUGGGAGUGUCACAGGGGAAGUCCCUACAAGGGAUGCUGGGCCCGUACCUCAAUCACGGGGACGUAGUGUUCAUUUUGCUCAGGAUAUAAUGCCCCCUCCUCAGCCACCUUGUAGCCCCCAGCUGACUGAAGGAGAUAUCACAAUUACAACCUCAUCAUCGCCCCCACCUCAAGAGUCUCCAGAUCAAAAAUCUCAGAGAUCGGCAGGGUCAAGGUCAAUCAGCGUAAAGAUCCCAGCAGCCCAGGUUGAUUCCUCCUACAGAGGGACAUCUAUGAGGCCUCAGUCUCAAGCCAGUGAAGAUGGCCUAGAUCCUGUCUCCCCUAUUGGUGUUAUAUUGGAGGAGACUACAAGGCCUGGGUCAGGGGAGGAAUGGCCUAAUGUCAAUGAAGAUGAUUUCAAUGUUACACCUGCCCCAUCAGAGAAAGUUAUCUCCCCCGAACCUCCCGAGUCACACCAGGGGAACAUCGACGUGAAAUCAGAGCGAUCGGGAUUGACCUCAAUGUUGAAAUCUGAGGGGCGGGAAUCAUUGGCAUCUGCUAAGGCAAAGCGUAUGAUAGAGGGAGAUAUAAUGGACAGCCCUGGUCCACCUCCGUCAUCACCCGAACCUAAACAAACUCUUGAUAUGAGACGACAAACUCUAUCUGCCGUCUCUAGAGAACUUUCAAUGGAUAUUCUGGAAGAAGUAGCUGAAACUGACAGUGACAUUACUCUAUCUGGAGAUCCCCCUAGUCGCCUUGACAACAGUUGCCUGGUAACCCCAGAACUAUCUGGAGCACCACCAGGUGGCAGUGCAACAAAAGCAACCCAACCAACUGGCAAUUAUCUCAUGGUUUCAAACUCUGCUAAGAAUGUAACUGAAUCUGAACAGACAGCUCAGUCUGAUGAAAAUCAGAAUGUCACAUUACAAUAUGACAUUGACGCAUCAAAAACUGAAGCAGGUAAAGAGACUUCUGAAGACAAUGAAACUCUCACUGAGGAGAAUAAGGAAAUGAGUGCGCUAAAUAAUAAACUAGAUUCUGUAGAAACAGGAGGUGAGGACACUUACAGGGAAGAGUUGAGGGAAGAACUUUCCAAACUCUCAAUGAACAAAGAUAAAGAAGUAUUGCCAGAAAAGUAA